CUAGUUCGAUUAAAAUUAUCGAAUAGUUAAAACAUACCAUUGUGUCGUGCGACUGGUAGUAUUCGUUUAAUAAGUAUUCAUUCCCCAGCUUUGAACAACUCGUUAACAUUUGAAGUUAUCACCAAAUUUUCGUUGCGACAUUUCGGGUAUUGGUAAACAAAGGCCGUCAUAUCAUAGAAUAUAAAGCAUUUCAUCCAAUUAGCUUUAAAUUGGGUAUAGAAUGACAUCUAAUGGAGCAGGUAGUUCCUCCAAGUUGGCACUUAAGGGAUCAUCGAAAGUUGUAACCGAUUACUUUGAAUAUGCCAUUAAUUCCAUAUUAUUUCAAAGAGGUAUCUAUCCAUUAGAAGAUUUUACUACAGUUAGGAAAUAUAAUUUAUCAUUAUUAGUAAGUAAUGAUCCUGAUGUUAAGAAGUAUAUAAAUGAUAUUAUGAUACAAAUUAAGAAAUGGGUUUAUGGUAAGAAAAUAGUUAAAUUAGUAUUGGUUAUUAUUUCUAAAUCUACAUUAGAAAAUAUAGAACGAUGGGAAUUUAAUAUAGACGUAUUAGAUGAUGAUAAUAAUAAUGAAAAUAAUAAUGAAGAAUCAAAUAAUAAGAGUAAAGAAGAUACUCAACGAGAAAUCCAAGCCAUAAUAAGACAAAUUACUUCUUCAGUAUCAUAUUUACCAGUAUUAAGAGAUGAUGAUUAUUCAUUUAAUGUAUUGGUUUAUACUGAUCCAAAUAAUCCUUCUAGUACUAUACCUAUAGAAUGGGGUGAUACUAAUGGUGAUGGACGUCAUUUACAAGGUGAAAAUAUAGAUAAAGUUGAUUUCACUCCAUUUUCAACAAAAAUACAUAAAGUUGGUACUUCAGUUACUUAUAAAAUAUCUUAAUCAUACAUAUAAUUACAAGGUUAUUUAUUAAAU